UAUUAUGAGUGGGGGAUGAGCCUCCUAAAUGCCAUUUGCAAAAGCGAAGGCAACACAUCACCAGAAAUGCUAGGGCAACCAAUAGGACUGACUGACAGGGAGGCCUUCCCUUCUCUUCAAAGCAAGGAACCCAAAAUCCCACAGAUUUAAUGCCACACACUUCCCAAUCUAGCCUGUUAACCAUUUUUACCACCUGCCGUUCUCUUCCCAACCAUAUUUUAGACAUCUCCUCAUCUCUCAAAAAUUCCACAUUGUCUUUUCAGUAAUGGGUAUCAAAGUGUUGGUGGUAUCUCUGUUGCUAACUUCAAUUGUUUUCUCUUUUCUGUACUUCAUUCCAACCAGAUUAACAAUACCCAUUCACAGUUGGAAGCCCAUCAUCAAUCUGACCAAAUCCAACAUGAGUAUUACUAAGCCAUAUCCAGUGACCUUUUCAUAUCUGAUCUCAGCUUCAAAAGGCGAUUCGCUGAAGCUCAAACGCAUGCUCUAUGCUCUUUAUCAUCCUGGAAAUUACUAUCUGAUCCACAUGGAUUAUGAAGCAACGGAGGCAGAGCACAGAGACAUAGCUGAGUUUGUGGGUGGAAAUCCAGUUUUUGGGGAAGUGGGUAAUGUUUGGAUUGUUGGAAAACCCAAUUUGGUAACCUAUAGAGGACCAACCAUGCUUGCUACCACUAUUCAUGCUUUGGCUUUGCUCUUGAGGACUUGCAGAUGGGAUUGGUUCAUCAAUCUCAGUGCUUCUGACUACCCUCUAAUUACUCAAGAUGAUCUGAUCCAUGCCUUUUCUGACUUGCCGAGAGAUCUCAAUUUCAUUCAGCACUCCAGUCACUUGGGUUGGAAACUGAAUAAGAGAGGCAAGCCCAUUACAAUAGACCCAGCACUCUACAGCCUCAAUAAAUCAGAAUUAUGGUGGGUUAUUAAACAAAGGGCUCUCCCAACUGCUUUCAAGCUAUACACAGGUUCAGCUUGGACAAUGAUAUCAAGAUCUUUUGCCGAGUAUUGCGUAGUGGGUUGGGACAAUCUGCCCAGAACCCUCCUCCUCUACUACACCAACUUUGUCUCUUCUCCGGAAGGUUACUUCCAGACUGUCAUAUGCAACUCAGAAGACUACAAAAACACCACGAUCAACCAUGACCUCCACUACAUUUCAUGGGAUACACCUCCAAAGCAGCAUCCCAGGUCUCUCGGACUCAGAGACUUUAAAAGAAUGGUUCAAAGCAACCGUCCAUUUGCUAGAAAGUUCAAGCAAAAUGCCCCGGUGCUUAAAAAAAUUGAUCAACAACUGCUUAAACGACGCCGUGGAGAAUUUGCGUAUGGUGGAUGGUGUUCGGGGAAAGAAAAGACGCAGAGGUCAUGCUCAGGUUUGCAGAGUGAAAAUUAUGGAGUUUUAAGGCCAGGACCCGGAUCUAGGAGGUUGAAGUCCUUGUUAACAAAACUCCUUUCCACGAGGAAUCAUCAGAAGCAACAGUGCAGAUGAUUUCUUUAAACCAAUAUGAAUAAACUAUUUGCAUGCUUGUAAGUUGUAACUAGUAUACGUCUUCUCUUCUAAAUGAUAAUAUUUUGUUAGCAAUUUUUGUUAGCACCUAACUGAUAUAUUGUUAUGAAAUCUUCCAACCUAUGGCCGGUGUUUAUCAGUUUGUCAAA